CUUUAUUACGAUGUACGUAAAACAAAAUGGAAGCAAUCAUCUGUCAAGUUUAUUCCCACAACAUUUCUACAAUAAAUUUCUUCUUAUAAGUGGUAACAUGUCUAAAACUGAUUAUAUUUGAAACAGUAUGUUACCACUUUUAAUACUUCAGAAUAGCAAAAAUGUUCAAUUGUUUGGCAUUCGACAAAAGACCUACCAAGAGCAGUGAGUGGACCCCAAUGACAUAUUCUCUUUAACGGAUCGACACACAUGCCGUCACCAUAAAACUAUCCUAAAAUAUUCCUCGAAUCCUGAAAACCAGGUAUUUGUUACGCCUGCGAACGAACAAUGCUUGCGAUCGUUUAUAAAAUCAGUAGGAAUAGAUUUUUCUCGGCGACACAUCCCGUAACGAUUCAUAUAUGUUGGCACAGCAUAUCAGUGGUGGCACCAAUGUCGAAUAUUUUUCAAGAUUGAUGACUUUUGUACGGUAUAAUAAUUCAUCGGUAGAAAUAUAUAUAUUUUAUAAACCAAAUGAUCAAAUAGAAAUUUCUAAACCACCUGUUCCUAAAGCACGUCGUUCCAUAAGAGACACUAAUGUACAAGUAAUUGAAGAAAUCGAUUCCUUCAAAGACUCUAAAAAUUCAUUGGCAAUGAAAAACAUAUAUAGAACUAACCAACAAGGCUCAGAAAUUUGUAAUAUUUCUGAUAUCCAAUAUACCGAUGAUGAAGAUGACGAUGAAAAAGAUGAUGAUAGUGAUGAAGAUAAUAGUAAUUACAACAUUUCCAAACGGUGUCUUAACGUAAAUACUUCACGAGAUAGCAUACUACAAGAAUCUUUUCAUACUCCAUGUAAUUCUCCUAUAGGAUCGCAGAUGCAUAAACGAAGCUCUCAUAACCCUCAUGGAAAUCAAUCUUCUAACAUUAAUAGUUCUUUCUCAUGUAAACCACAAAAACAACCUGCAGAUGGGUCUUUUCCAACAUAUACCAUAUUUUUUUUCUGUGUUACUAUUUUAUGUUUAACUCUAUUUUUUAUUUAUACUUCAACAAAAACUCAUGAAAAUCUGAAGGGAGCUACUGAAGCAAAACAAACAGAUUUUACUGAUAUAAAUAACUUACUGCAUAAAUCAAUACAGCUAAUUCAGACACGAUUUCAUAAUCAAAGAUCUAAUAUUUGGAAUGAUAUAUCAGCUGGAAUAUACGAUGUAAUCUUAUCCCCUACAAAACCUUCAAUUAUUAUUCUGUUUGGAAAUGAAACUAAAACCUUGAAUUGUUUAGCUCAAUUACUUGGACAAUUGAGUGCCAAAAUUUUAGGUAAUAAUGAUUAUUUAAGACUGACACCAAAAGACUUUCCAAAUGAUGUUGGACAAGUCAUUUAUAAUUUAAGGAAACGAAUUACACAAAAAAAAGUAAUAAUAAUACAAGAUUUAUUAAGCAUAAACACUGAAGCACUAAAAGCUUUUCACAAUUUUUGUGACAGAGAAAAGCCUUUAGUUGAGAAUGUUAUAUAUAUAAUAACUGUGACUGUUGAUGGGUACAAAUCGUCUCAAAGAGAAUUAGAAUUUAUUGAAAAUCAAAUAUUUAAAAGAUUAUCAAAUUAUAUGCACAAAGACAUUCUAGAUCCACUAGUAACUAGACUUACAGAUGGAAUUAUUGUACCCAUUUUACCAGAAACAAAUACAAAUUUCAAUUAUGCAGAUUGUUCUUUUUCUAUAAACAACAAGUUAUAAUCUUUUAAUAAACAUAGGGGAUAUAAUUAAUUAAUAUAACAUUGUGAUAAUAAAAAGUAUAAGAAUAUUAACAAGAUGUAAUAUAUAAUUUUGCUACUGUAGAGUGUAUUAUGGAUAGUAUUGAAGCGAGUGAAUAAAAGUUUUGUAUAUUAAUAUUCAACUUUAUUUUAUUACGUCAAAUGACAGUACAGAAAAUCAACAUUCUCAGAUAAAGAUUUCCAAUGGAUUUGGCGGUUUCUACAAAUUUUCAAAAAAUAUAACAACAAAAUCGAUGCCUCUGGCAUGAUUUCAGUUAUGCUCUUGAAUGACAUGUUUAUACAGCUUUAAAGUAAAGUACAAUGAAUAGAUUUACUUCAUACAUGUGAUUGUAUCUUAAUAGUGUAACAUGUCGGUCCUCGUCCACGUAUUGUUAACGUCUUUAAUUGCCAAUUUACAAUGCGUUUCUUCUAUGUUGUACCACAAAUGGAAUCGCAUCAGUAGAAAAACAAUCUUUCUUUUUAUUUUUAGUUAUAUAGGAAAAACACGUAAUAUAUCUUUG